CUGUCCAACAUUAUAUAUUUGCUCUGUGUUGCACUGUUCUCAUUCUCUUGCCCCUUUGCAGCGUUUUGUCUCAUUUGGCGGCUGUGUGGGCCUCUCUACCCGCUAAGCGCGUGCCUGUCUCGUCGGCGCCGUCUCCGAGACUCUAGCUCCACUCGACGCGACUCGACGGGACGGACCUGAGAGACAAGACCAUGAGUCUCCCGACGUCAGGCACACCGUCGUCGAGAUAUGAUACCACGCCUAUAAAAGCAUCUGAGAUAAACAAUUUUAUAAAGACUCUAUCUGAACGCUUUGGUCUUCAACUCCCGAUACCUCGAGAUGCAGUGUCACCAGUCUCAAGGCGCUCUGCCCUUCGAGACUAUGAUGCUAGGAUCGGUGAUGAGAUAGUUUCGCAUAUUAUCUUCCUUUCCCGCCGAAAGACUCACGCUCUUCAAGGUGUCGUACAAGCCUUUAAGGCCGAGGCAGAUACUCUCCGGGUUAGCCACGGUUGGGUUUACAAGCCGAAUGGAGAUCAUGAUGUUAUUCCCUUUGUUGGCGAUGCCCUCCUCCGAGACGGCUCCGGCAGAGAUCAAAGACUACAAUUGAGAGAGUGCCUAUUGCUUAGGCUGAAAGAAGCCCGGGAAAGUAAAAUUUUUGGUAGUAGUGAUAAUGUUGAACCCAAGUCUACUCGUGUUAGAGAAGUAUCUCACCAGACGGAACUAGAUAGCUCUCCAAUUCCUUUGAACUUGGGUCAACGUCCAGUUAAGAGGACAUCGGGUGAAUUUUCAGCCCCAGAUAUAUCUGCAGAGUUUAAGAAACCAAGAGCACCCGCUUUGUGGGGUUCGCCGGGUUUAACAAAGGCUGUUGACUCUGCCGCUACAACCUCUUCCAAACAGGACAGUGCGCUACAGACAGUGGCACUUUCCACAAACUCUACGUCGUCGGCGCUUUUCCCUGGGAAUUCUCUCAAUCCUUAUCAUCAACAAACCUCCAGGACAGUCAGCGCCAACACGAGUUUUAGCUCCAUUGCUUCUGGUGUUUUCACUGGGAGGUCCAUUCCAGGCACUGGGACAGCCACUCAGGAAUCUUCAUUCAACACUUCCUUUCAAUCAAUCGCGCCACCAAUUCAAAAAAUAAAGGCUAUGUCAUAUGAGCUUCACAGCUCCCAAUACAGGAGCAUGGACGAAGAUGACUUCAUCGAAAUUAUCAAUGAGGACCUACAAGAAAGCUCAGGGGUUGACAUCAGUAUGUCCGACGUUUCCGUAGGUCCUGUCACUCAGGGAGGCUUGUCACAGCGACUACAACAGGUUUUUCCCGAACUCCCCCAAUGUUUGAAAAAGGCACCUUUGUGUGUGCGCUACGAAAUCACAAGAGUUUUCCUACACGCUGAAGCUUCCAUGGAUGGCCUUCACGUUCACGAUCGCGAUAUCGGCACAUUUCUUGACUACAAUGCUCUUUGGAAAUUCCUCAAGGACAAGGUACCCCAACUCCAAGGGAAACCAUUUCCAGAGAAGUGCACACCCAAGAUCUGGGCAUCCAGCCUAGAAAGGUGGUCUAUUGGCAACUUUGAAGGCGUGGAGAUGUCAGCGUCACUGAAGUUUGCCUCUUCAAAGACAGGCCCCAUUUUUCAGGUUCAGCUCAAACCGCUGAGUAUAGCCCUUACCCAUCGCUUCGGAAGAAGAUUUGGCAACGAUCGAUUUCUGGAGAUUAUCUUGCCCAACCUUAAUAAAUGUCGACCACCUGGCAGCACGGAAGACGAUUUGGAGAUGAGGCGACAAGAAAUUAUCCGUUGGAUAAAAGACAAUGGCCACAAGUUCAUGGGUAUUGAGUGGCGCCCCUUUGGCCUGAAUGACACUAGAUCAAAGAAGAUCAAUAACAUCGAAUCGAAGAAGGCCUCCGAAGAUGCAGAGAACAAUGCAACCCACCGGAUUUUUUUCUUCGCUGUGGAUGGCAUAGGAUUUCAGACUAGCUCAGGGCUACCUGCUAGAAACGAUGAUCCUCAACACCACACGAAGUUUACUGUGAAGGGGCUGUUAAAUUGGCUGAUCCCAUUCUAUCUGGAAAAAAAUCAGAAGCAGCCGUACCUUAAGCUUUUCUCCAGAAUAUCACUUGGGUUGAGCAAAACCUAUGCAACUAUUCCACUGAGAGCCACAGAGAUCACAUUCGUACGCUAUGAUUAUUGUUCAAAAAGCGGCGAAGUAAUGAACGAUGGCUGCGGCCAGAUCUCUCGUAAAUUGGCCCACCAUAUCGCUCAAAAGCUCAAGCUUGAUUAUACGCCAAGUGCGUUUCAGGCUCGGAUAGGUGGCGCAAAAGGAAUGUGGAUAGUCGAUGUGAAAGAUUUUGGUGACAAGACGAACAUUAAAAUCUACCCCUCCCAGGUGAAAUGGGAUAAUAAUAGCUUUUUCGUCGACCCUUCCCAUAGAAUAUUCGAAGUUAUCUGUUGGUCAAGGCCAGUCCGCUCGGCGACACUGAAUUUGCAGUUUCUUCCGAUUCUUGAAGACAGAGGUCGAAAUAAUGGGAAGGGAAUGCGUGAUGCUUUAUCCCGGGUGUUGGAAAAUGGCUUGACUUAUGAGAUUUCACGACAGCGUGAGGCAAUGGAUAGUCCACAGGCUUUCCGCAAAUGGGUCCGCGAGACCGCCCCUAGGAUAACUGAUAGAAACAAACUCGGCCAAGUUGGCUAUGAGGCCGGGUUACCUAAAUCACAGGGAGAGAAGAUGAACUUGCUACUUGAUGCAGGAUUCAACCCGAAGGAGCUGUGUUUUCUGAGGGACCUAGCCUGGAAGGCAAACGUUGCGAGGGGCGAAAUUCUAAAAAAAAAACUGAAUAUCUCGGUUGGGCGGUCGGCGUACAUGCUGAUGGUUGUCGACUUCGCUGGCAUUUUGGGACCAAGAGAAGUUCAUGUUGGGUUCUCGACGGCUUUCAAAGAUGAAUCAACGGAUUUCUGUGAUACUAUCUUAUCGAAUAUGGAUAUCCUCGUGGCACGAUCUCCGGCCCACUACACGUCGGAUAUUCAAAAAGUCAGAGCCGUGUUCAAGCCGGAAUUGUCUGCUCUCAAGGAUGUUAUUGUUUUCUCCACAAGAGGCGAUUUCCCUCUCGCUGGGGAGCUGUCAGGCGGGGAUUAUGACGGAGACAUUGCUUGGGUUUGUUGGCAAACAGAAAUCGUCAGCGAAUUUGAAAACGCAAAAAUGCCCAUUUGCAGCGACAUGGUCAAAGAGGGGUAUAUCACAAAAAACAGCACGACUUACGCCGAGCUUGCCUCGAAGAAUCCCGGACACACAAUUGAUGCGUUUCUCGCAAACAGUUUCGACUUCAACCUCAAGCAAAAUAUGCUCGGGAUCUGUACCAAUUUCAAAGAAAAGCUCUGCUAUGCGAAGAAGAGUGUUGCGUGCGACGAGGCUGUCUUUUUGAGCACACUUCUAAGUUCUCUCGUUGAUCAAGCAAAGCAAGGAUAUUCCUUUACCGACAGCGACUGGGAGAGGCUGAAGGCAGAAAAGAUUCGAGGACCGGUGAGGGAACCAAAUUACAAGCGGCCCGCCUUUAACGGAAACCUAAGAGGAGACAUGCACUUGAUCGACCAUUUGAAAUUCAGGGUUGCCCAGAAAACCAUAGAUGAUACUUUGGCAGACCUACACACUAACCUACAGACUCCUGAACAUUGGGACGACGAUGUUGUUCAACUGGCCAAAUUUGCAAGGAAGGAGGCCGAGACCUCAGACGAGUGGGCGGCGCUUCUGAGGGCGCUCGACGCGGACAUUAAGCCUAUUCACAACCUAUGGCAAAAACAUUCUUGUCCCCCAAAAGAAGACAAGGAAUCGAAAACCUGGUUCUUGAAAGCCAUUGACGAGGUCUACCAGCAGUGGCGCGCGAUCAAGCCUGCGAUGGAUACGCCUUUCACUAGACUCCUAACGAUGCCCUAUCUCACCGACGCCGGGCUAUCUACAUGGGAGCUUCUGAAAGCAUCUAUUCUUUUCAGAAGAAGCUAUGUUAGCACGAUGGUUUGGUGGCUGGCCGGAAAGCAGAUAGCCCACCUGAAAGCGAUGUCCAAGGGCCCUGUAUCAGUUAUACCAACUAUGUACGCGAUGUUGAAGCCAGAUAACACCUUCGUGAAGUCGCUGCAGGUGGGAGAUGAACACCAUCCUAAGUUUUGGGAGGUCAGAACCGAGGCGGUGGUUGAUGAGGAUGAAGAGUUGGAUUAUGAAGAUUAGGUGUCUGUCAUGUCGCUUGGCAAGAACAUUGCUGUUGCUGCAUUCGUUGCGGUCUGGACUGAAGAGGGGGAUAGGGGCGGAUAUGGUGGAACGAAUUUUCUUAUUAAGACUUCCUUUUGAUGUUUUGGUAUUUGAGCCAAGGUGGAGGGGCGAUGCCACAACUUAAACAUAUAUACCCUGUCUUUACUGCGGAGGCAAACUGCUGAAGAAUUUUGUCAAUAUUUCAUUUUUCUGUGGUCAACACGGAUACGUUAUGAGAGAUGAUAAUAUGAAACACAUGAUUUGUG